CUAGCGCAAUAAGGAAGUACCCAUUUCAUUUAAUUUCUGCAUGAAUUAAGCUAUUCAUGUGCUACUUUGAUACCCUUAGAUCUAAGGCUAAUAUUUUAUUUAACAUAAAUACCUUAAAUUUCUUAAAACUUUCGAAAAAGGCUAGUAUAUAUUUAAAGAAAGCAUGGAAUCCAAGCAAAAUAUUAGAAACAAUCUUUUAAAGCAAAACAUUGAUCGGGAAAGAAAUUCAAACAUCGUCGGCGAAAAUAAACGCAACGAAUCUGAUUAUUCUUAUGGCAGGGAUCCGGAUAUGUUACAACAAGAUGAAGAAAAAAGCAAAACUAGACAAAAAGCCGAUUCUGCGGAUUCUGAUGGAAAAGAUUAUGAAAAUGCAUUUGAAAGUGGAUCACGUUUGAAUAAUUCUAAAAAUCUAUGGAUACCAGGCAGCAACAAUCGACUUGAUAUCCGAAAGGAAUGGCAAGAUAAAGAUAUAACCAGUUCCGGAAGAACAAAUCAUUCGUACGCAGUUAUUAAUGAACUUCCAAUACCAAACACUACGAAGCCCCGAAAGCAAUCUAAUAGGUGCAGAAUAAUUCAAGUUGUUGGUGUCGUGCUUGUCCUAACUGUGCUUGGAGUAAUAACAUUUUUUAUUGUGCGGAAUUUUUUACCAAAAGCGGAAGUUGUAUGCGGUUUGAACGAAAUGAAGGAUCCAUCCGGAUCAUGCAAACCUGUGGUGUGUGAGGACAAUCCUGUAGUUCAAAACGGACUGGUAAAUGUAUUAAAAAAAGCGAUCAACUCAACGGCAAAGUUACAGUGCAACCCUGGAUUCAUGGCAAAUACAAAUGUCAAUUUUCAAUGCAUGUCAAACGGGUCUUGGGUGAGUGAUUCCGAAACAGCGUGCUUUGUGCAUCCAUGCGGACCAUACUCACUAUCUGAUCAUGUCAUAGUAAGUGAGGAUCUAAGCUAUAUCAACAUGUCAAUUACAGUGCAAUGUGCGGAGGGCUUUGAAUUUAAAAACAAAAGUGAAAACCAAAGUCAAUGUGUAAACAAUACAUGGAAAAGUUCACCUGAAUGUGAAAUACCAGGUAUAUUAACAACGGAGUCAACAAGUUCUCCAGUAAACGUCGGGGAUUCGUUUGAUAUUUUAUGUCGCCUCAGAGAAUCAUCUAUUUGGCAAACAGUCAUGGUAUCUCGAUCUGACCACUCAAAUGAUUCUGUUUCAAACCAAUUAUUCAGCAUCACUUACAACCAUACCAGUGGUAUACGGUAUAAUGCAACCACUUUCCGGGAAAAAGUGUCAAAUUUGAGUGAUGGUGUCCACCUUCAGUUAACGUUUGAUACAGCUAACUGUGAUGACACAGGGGUUUACACAUGUGCCGUGAUUGUAGGUGAUAUACAAGAUCCUACAGACAUAAAAAAAUACGUCGACAGAAAUCAAAAUGAUAGGUAA